CAUAUGGCAAGGUAGCACGCCAACUUCCCACCAUGGCGCAGCUCCCGAGUCACCUGGCCUCGCUUCUGCGGCACAGGGCCAGCGAGCCGCAUGCCGUGGCGUUUGGUGCGGCGGUCUCUCCCGGCCGAGUGGCGCGGCGCCGCGCGGCGCGCGCCAAGAAGCGGGAGGCCGCCAAGGCGGCCAAGGCCGAGGCCGCGGAGGCCAAGGCGGCGAAGGCGGCGGAGGCAAAGGCGGAGGCAAAGGCGGAGGCAAAGGCGGAGGCAAAGGCGGAGGCAAAGGCGGAGGCGACGCCGGAGGCGUCCGACCCGCACACGAAAGCAAAGAAAGUAAAGAAGGUAAAGAAAGUGAAAGAGAAGCUGAAGCCAUGCAAAACGCCAAAGAAGCGACAUGAGAAGGCGACGACCAUUUUCGAUGCUGAGGGUGCAGUCCGUGAUGAGGCGCUCAUGCGAGAUUUGGAGCAAAAGCUGGGCAUUGCGGGCGAUGUGAAGCGACGACGACGGGAAGAGCGAAUGAUGUUUGAAGACUUGUUUGAGGGGGGUGAUUUGGGGAUCGAGGAGUUGCCAUCCUCUGAUGAUGAGAGCGCUGGUUCCUCCACACAAGCUGCAGCAAAGCAAAAGCCCCAAGAUGCCGAGAACAACAUUGUCGGCCUUCUUGACACCAUCUUGGGAAGCGGCACAACCCGAUCUACCACCAAAAGGACCACGAAAGUGAAGGCAAGUGGAGCAAAGAAAAAGCCGAAGCUGUAGACUUCACAUCUUUCCGCCUUGGAUAGAAAAA